AGUAUAAAAUGACCAAAUCCGUAUUGUCUUGUUUACUAAAAUAAAGUAGAAGUGAAUAAUUUUUUAUAUUAUUUAAAUAAAUUAACAUAAAGACUGAAAAAAUGUAUCGUUCAAGUGGUAGAAUCCGUUCGCUAUCAGUAGAGUUUAUAGAUUGUUCUGAGGACUUUGAAAUCGGAACGCUUACGGUUGAAAGAUAUGUGAGUGAUCCCCAUGACGAAAUUAUUAUCCUAAAAACAGACGAUAAAACAAGGAUUUUAAUUGGAUUUACUGAAAAACAACGAAGGGUUAUUCAGUUUCAAUUAUGUGGUUGCCCUGAAGAACUUACAAUAACUCUUUGGGAUUUGAUGGAACUUUUUGAAAUUCGAUGCGGACACCAUUCUCUUAUUGUAGCUUUGAAAAAAUGUCCAAAAAAUAUUCUUUUUGCAAUAGAGAUGGAGAGAGGGAUUUUAUUUUGUUUAGAAAAUUUAAAAAAAAGCAAAUCAAAAAAUAGUCUAUAUGAGAUAUUCGGUGUUUAUGGUAAAUCAACAGAAGAAGUAAAAGUUGAAAAGAAAGCUUCUGUGUUUGAAAAUAAAAUUAAAAAUAGUAUUGUUACAAAUAAGAGAAGUUUUAUAAAACAAUUACAAGCUAGGAAGAAAAAAAAAACUAACAACACAAAUGAAUCAAAUAAAAUAACUGUUUUAACUAAAAAUCAAUCAAGUUCACAAAAAAUAGCACAAUUUGUUGUUGAUGGAGUAGUGACGUAUACAUUUUAUAUGACUGAUUAUUGUUGUUUAGCACAAGGAGAAUGGUUGAAUGAUCUUAUUAUAGAUUGGUAUUUAAUGUAUUUAUAUAGUAAAGUGAUUUCUAAUAGUGAUCGGGAAAGAACGUUCAUUUAUAGUGCUCUCUUCUUCGCUGUUUUAAGAAAAGAAGCUUUUGAAACUAAAUAUUAUCCGUAUGGUGCCAUUCAGCGGUUUACAAAAAUACGACAGUUUACUGGAAAAGUCAACAUUUUUGAAAAGGAUUUUGUGAUUAUACCUGUAAAUGAACAAGCGUCUCACUGGUAUCUCAUUGUCAUUUGUUUCCUAGGACUUGUUGGUGAUCAUCAGAUCGAUGAUGCUUCUCAAUCAAUGAGUAGUUUAAGUUUAUCAAACGAUGAUGAUCAUUCUGAGAAGAAAUAUCCCUGUAUCUUAAUAUUUGACUCCUUAAAAAAUUCGAAAAAAAAAGAUGAUAUUUUUUUGUUGAGGGAAUAUUUAAGCUUUCAAUAUUCCGAACAUUACAAAAAACGCAAAUUUUUCUCAGAAAGUGUUCUUAGUUGUGACUAUCCAAGUAUUCCGACACAAACAAAUUAUUCAGACUGCGGAAUAUUUGUAUUACAAUAUGUAGAAAGUUUUUUUAAGAAUCCUAUCAAAAAUUUCACUCUACCCAUAAAGUCAUUAAAAAAAUGGUUUCCUCCUGAGGUAGUACGAGAAAAACGAGCUUAUCUUGCUCACAUAUUGAGGAAAAUGUCUAAUGAUACAAUAGGACAGGUUACACCAAUUAAUUUCCCGGAAUUACGGUUCAGUGAUGAUUUACUUAGUGAUGAUGACGAAUAAAACUCUAAUAUUAAUAAUGAGUUUGUAUAAAAUUUUACAUAAUGUUUCUCGUUUUUUAUACUAUUUUAAACAAAAAAUGCAACUGUUAUAAAAAUA